AUGACUCGUUCCCUUGUUACCCUUCUUGUUCUUGGCCUCUCCUGUGUCUCCGGUGCUCCUACGGCAUCUGAAUUGCCACAAGUCGGAAACCAGCUUUCCAUGAACUUGGAAACUGUAGCUCCUACAGCGACAUUGGGGCACAUUGUUGGUGAACUCUCCGGAACCUGGAUCAACGAGCUUGGCUCGACCGUUACACUGAUCGCAGACCUGGAAGGCGGUCUCAGCGGGCAAUACAAUUCCGCUGUCGGUAACGCUUUGAGUUUCUACAACCUCACCGGCCGAUUUGAUACGCUCCCACCCGCGGGCAGAGGCGUUUCCGUUGGCUGGGUUGUGACGUGGAAGAACAAGUACCUCAAUGCACAUUCUACCACAACUUGGAGCGGUCAAUACUUUAACAAAGGCGGUUCCGAGACUAUAAUCACCCAGUGGCUGCUGACCGGCAGCACCACUCCGAACAAUGUCUGGGCAUCAACCACCAUAGGACAUGAUGAAUUCAUUCGUAAAUGA